UGCUGAAUCGCCGCGUUCGCGCCGGUCUCCCCAGUCGUGCUGUGCCCAGGAUGGACCCCAUGCCGGGCCUUUUGGAGCGGCUUGGGGAGGAGAAGGCUGGAAGCCCAGAGCCAAGAUCUGCAGCGUGGCAAGUCACCCCUGUGCUCUCCGAGCAGCAGUCCCGGGACGUCCAGUUGGUGCUGGCCUAUGCAGCGCCCAUCCUGGACACACGCCAGACCUCACGCCUCCUCAAGGAGGUGUCGGCUGUCUACCCGCUGCCUGCCCAACCUCACCUUAAGAGGGUGCGGCCAAACCAGGAUGCCAGUCGCCCCCACACGCUGGAGAUGCUGCUGUGUCUGGCGGGGCCGACUGUGGGCGCACCGUCCCUGGCCGAGCUCCUCCCGCAACCCGCCAUUGACCCCCGCGGCCUGGGGCCGCCCUUCCUGGUCCCGGUGCCCGCCUGGCCGCCGCUCACUAGGGGCCAGUUCGAGGCGGCACGGGCCCACUGGCCCACGUCCUUCCACGAAGACAAGCAGGUGACGCGUGCACUGGCCGGACAGCUCUUCUCUGCACAGGAGCGGGCUGCGAUGCAGGGCCACAUGGAGCGGGCUGUGCGGGUGGCCCAGCAGGCCGCCGCCAGAGGCCUGAGGGCCGUCGGGGCGGUGGUGGUGGACCCAGCCUCAGGUUGCGUGCUGGCCACAGGCCAUGACUGCAGCAGCACUUCCAACCCUCUGCUGCACGCCACCAUGGUGUGCAUUGAUCUGGUGGCCCAGGGCCAGGGCCGCGGUGCCUAUGACCUGGGACCUCAUCCCACCUGCUCCUUUGCCCCGGCUGCCACCUCCCAGGCGGUUCGGGUGGGCACUGUGCGCAAGCUGGACGCAGACGAGGACAGCCUCCCCUACGUGUGCACCGGCUACGACCUCUACAUCACCCGCGAGCCCUGUGCCAUGUGUGCCAUGGCCCUGGUGCACUCCCGCAUGCAGCGUGUCUUCUAUGGGGCCCCCUCGCCUGAUGGCGCCCUGGGCACCCGCUUCCGCAUCCACGCUCGGCCUGACCUCAACCACCGCUUCCAGGUGUUCUGUGGCGUGUUGGAGGCCCAGUGCCGCUGGCUGGACCCCGACGUGUAGGGGCUGUGCCCUCUGGGGUCCAGGACUACCCCUGCAGCCGGCUGGCCUCCACCUCUGCUCAGACCCCAUGGACCCCCAGACUCCCUCCAUGGUGCAGGAACUGCUAUCCUGUCAAUCUUAGGGACACUUGCACUCGUCAUCCUCAGAAACUGUUGCUCUGCUGUUCCUGCCAGUGUGUGGGAUGCCUUUCUGCCCAGACCAAGCUUCUCCCCGGACUCGGUGAACAGGGAUCCAGCCCUGGCCAUGUACCCGGGCAUUUGGGCCUUGCUGCUCUGGCUCCAUCAGCCCUGAGCGCAUGGGUCCUGUGGGGUUCUUUCUACUUUGUUUCAGGUGUCAGAAAACAGCUCUGAUACGUAAAAAUAAACAACCCCAAAACUGGGUUGGUGUCUGUUGACAGGAGCAGGCUGUGGAACUGAGGGGGUGGCCUCCUGAGCUGUCAUGGGCCAAGACCUGGGGUUAUUUUGGGGUGGGGGCGAGCCAGGUGGUACUCCCCGCUGCGUCUGUAUCGUCGGCCUGGAGGGUUCCCUUGUCCUUCACAGGUGGUCGGAGGGUCUCCAAGGGGCCAGCAGGGAUGUGCCAAAGAGGAGUUGUGCCAAAGACUCUGCUGGCAGAGUCUGUGGGGCAGAGCAGUACUGCACGGGGGCUGGUAUGGUGGACGACAGGGGCGCCACAUGGCGGUGCCCUCACUCACUUGCAGGGUGGAGCAUGGGAACUCGGUCACUGGAGUCUUGUUGCCGGGACUGUGGGUGAGAAACACAUCUCAGUUUCCCCCCAGUGUCCAGCUCCAGGCCUGGCUCACUGCCGCUGCCCGUCCCUGUGCCCCGGAGCUGCGCUGUGCAUAUUGGGUGGGCACUGUCCAUGGCCACAGCAGCAUGGCUUGUUUCCUGAAGGUGACACCACUGUCUACCAGCUGGGCAGUCAUGGAAAUGACCAGUUCUGUCCACUGUGCCUUUUGUGGGAUCUUGGUAUGUGUGGCUGCUCUGCAACAUGAGCUCCGGGGCUGCAUUAUCUUGUGAUGGUGUCUUCAGUCUUGCCAGGUUCACGUGGGGGAAAAUGGAGACCAGUGAAAUUGUGUGACUUGCCUGAGGUCACACAGCUGUGGCUCAGAAGUCAUGCCCUGUGGCCCUAAGGAAGUGACCAGAGCCAUCAGUGGAUAGUGGGGCAUCUUGAAGUGUGUGAGGACAACAAGAAGGCCAGAGACCAGUGAGGGCAGGUUCCUGGGAUCCCAGGAAUAUGUGGCUGUGGAUGGAACCUGGCUAUAACCUGACCCUUUUCUAGCCAUCUCAGAGCUGCCCAGCCUGACUCUGAGGAGGGUCACACAUUUGGGGCUGGACUUUCAGAGCUCAGGCAUUGGCUAGGACUCUGCCUAGGGUGCUGCUAGUCCUGUAGCUGGUGUUGGAGUCACCCAGCAACUGUGUGGACGCCCUGACUGUGGCUGUCUCCC